UCGACUUUCUGGACAGCUAGUUUGAUAAACCUGUACAGGCAUUUGUGUUUUUGAAGUGAACAAUGUGUGGAGUAAUUUCAACAGAGUUUUCCCAUCUAACUGCUGGCAAUUUUGAGAACUGCCUUGCCUCUGAUGAUGUUUUGGCUCACUUCUUUAAUGAUUUCCUAACUCUGCCAUCUUUCCCAGAGGCUUUGUUGUACAACCAGGAGACUGGGCAGUUUGAGAUAGUGAGUGAGGCGGCUGAGUUUGUCUCCAGAAGAAUCAGAUCAGUCUUAUACCGCAGCAAAUCACAAGUCCUUACCGGUGACCCCACAGUGCUGGCCAGAACCCCUCCAGUAGACAACCAUUACACUGUCUGUUGUCUGGACAGAGAGCAAGGAAUUCAGUGGAUCUUGAAGGAGAGAUUGCCCUUUUUCCUUCAAAGUGACUGCUACAAUGAAUACAGACUAGCCAAGUUGUUGUUUCAGAGGAACCCAAUCUUCCCAAUCCAGAGGUGGAAAGGCAGUUCAGGUCGAACCACCUUGUCAGCCCCACAACUGCAUUUUCCCUCCCAAUCUGACGAGGAAAAUAACAAGUUCCUAAAAGUCCUAACAUGCUCACAUUCUCAAGACAUUUCAGCUAAACAAGGGUCAGUGGGGUUGCACAAUGUUAGGAGUCUACACUCUGGCCAGAAGAAACAUAUCAUCACAGAAUGCAGGGAAUCAUCCAGAUGUUUCUCCGGCUGUUCUGAGCCAGAGAACCCAUGUAUCUUUUCCUCUUUGUCCUCCUCAUGUUCCUUGUCUUUUAACCUUAUAACUGGAGAACCUGGCUGCCAAAGUUGUUAA